AUGGACCAAACGGUAGAUCUGGAAGAAGUCGCGAAGCUUGUAAAAAAAAGAGAUUUCAAAGGCCUUGAUCGUGUGCUGUCCACUGCUAAGGGUAUAAGUGCCCUAGACCUCAAAAAGCUUGCCAAGUUGUCUGACUCUGCAAGGAUCCAGGCUCUUAUAGAGAACAAGUACUCAGAAGUUGUAAAGCAUCAAGUGGAGGGAGGAACCAAAGACGAGGCGGGAAUGACCGGGAAGGCACCCUCUCCACUAAAAAGCGAUGCUGACUCUUCUUCGGCUCUUGAGGAGGUUGCGACAGGCGACUCACAAAAGGACAGGUCUAUUAAAAUGUUUUUCGAUGCUAUUAAAACAAAUAUUUCCGAUUGUAACAAUGCGUCUGCUGCAUUGCUUGCGAGGCAGAUAACUAUCGAAAUAUUUGGACGAAACCCAUCGGAUAUCGCAAAGCUUAUACGAAGUAAGUGCUUGAACUUGAAAGACAAGAACAAUCCUGCUCUCUGCAGAAGAGUCUAUAAUGGAGACAUCUCGCCCUCAAGAUAUGUCGAUAUGUCAUCGGAGGAAAUGAAGAGUGAAAGCUUGAAAAACGAGGAGGUCAAGAUGAUAGAAGUCAGUCUCUAUGAGUGCCAAAUCCCAACUCAGAAGGCAGAAACCGAUAUAUUCAAAUGCAGUAAGUGUGGAGAAAGAAAAUGCUCUUAUAGGCAGUUACAGACCAGGUCUGGAGACGAGCCCAUGACUACCUUUGUUACCUGUGAAUGCGGAAACAAGUGGAGAUUUUGCUGA